GUUGGUCAGAGCCUAGCUGUGCAAGAUGCCUAGCUUUCUCAUCAUGCCGGCUGCCGUGCAGGCCCCCGCAAACAGGAUCGCGGGCAUGGCGCAGACCCCGGAGGCCUUCCGGGCAUCUUCUUUGCCAAGGUGCCAGCUGCCCCGCAGCCGCGUGGCGCGCGGCUCCUUUUUUCGCCGGGCGCCACCGCCCCCGCCGCCCUUUUGGAAGCAGCCCCGGACCUGGGCUGCGCUGGCCCUCACGGUGGUGGCAGCGCUGUGCGCGCGGUUCCUGUACCGGCAGUCCCGCAAAGAGUCCAAGAAGAAGAUGUCCAUGGCGGAGAUGUACUUCCAACUGGAGAAGAGUGCGCUGGCAGGCGCUACGUCUGGGACGGACAAGGAGGAGAAGGCGGUGUCGACCAAGCCGCCGUCAACUCCGCCACCACCGGCUGCAACCCCACCGCCACCAGUGACCACACCACCACCAGCAGCUACAACAACCCCGCCGCCACCAGCAACACCGCCGCCAUCAGCCGCAAAGCCGCCACCACCAGCGACAGCACCACCACCAUCAGAGGAGAAGCCACCACCAGCAACAACACCACCACCACCGGCGGCAAAGCCACCCCCUCCAGCAACAACACCACCCCCAUCGGCUGCAACGCCACCCCCUCCAGCGACAACACCACCACCACCGGCGGCAAAGCCACCCCCUCCAGCAACAACAUCACCCCCAUCGGCGGCAAAGCCACCACCACCAGCGACAACACCACAGCCAUCAGCGGCAAAGCCACCCCCGCCAGCGACAACACCACCGCCAUCAGCGGCAAAGCCACCCCCUCCAGCGACAACACCACCCCCAUCAGUGGCAAAGACACCCCCUCCGGCGACCACGCCACCCCCAUCAGCGGCAAAGGCACCACCAGCAGCGACGACACCACCGCCAUCAGCGGCAAAGCCACCACCAGCAGCGACGACACCACCGCCAUCAGCGGCAAAGCCACCACCACCUGCAAAGUCACCACCUGCGUCAGCGGAAAAGACUGAAGCAAAGGCAAAACCAGCUAAGAAGGAGGCCCCAGUUCCCGACAAGCCAAAGGCGGAAGCAGGGACGAAAGCUGAAACGAAGGCUAGCUCAAAGGACGAGGAGAAGAAGGGCUUCGGCUGGCUGCUGAACAGGAACAAGGCGGCUGCGGCACCAGCUCUAGCCGAGCUGCUCAAGGAGGAGGAUGCAGAGAUGAAAGCGCCCACCAAACGACAACGCCGGCCGGGCAAGUUGGAAGUCAGGGCGAAGUUCUACCGAGCGGUGGCCAGCGAGCUUUGCGUCGACACCCCCGGCAUCUUCGAUGGCACUGAGGGCCUGACAGCGGUGCCCUCCAGCGUGCCGAUGGCCACGCGGGCCACCCUGCUCCACGCAGCUGUGAAGGCGGAGGCCGAGAAGCUGGCGCCGAAGGAGGCCGCGGAGGGCACGGUGUGCGUGGCAAAGUCCAUGGUGCGGGAGAUGGUGGAGAAAGCUGCUGACAUCAAGGACUCCAAGGCCAAGAGGGAGGCGCUAGAUAAAGUGGUGCUCUUGGCCCACAGCUCUCAGAGCCUCGCAACUGCCUUGGCGCCCAACGUGGAAGCAGGCGUUCCAGUCUACGAGGGCUCCCUGAGAUACAAGACGCUGGAGAGCCUCUUUGACUUGUAUUUGGACAACGCCGUGGAAGACAUGCAGCAAUCCACCGCCGCCAUGUUCGGGUCGCUCAUGGGCGGCGAGGAUGCCUCCAACAAGACGAUGGCGGAGCUGACAGCCAGAGCGGAGCAAGCGGAGAAAGCCCAGAACACUUUGGCUGGCAUCUUCAAGAUAUCUGAGGGCAAGGCUCAAAAGCUUUUGGAGAGAAAGAUGAAGGCAGCCACUGAUCAAGCUCAAAAGGACAUGAUGUCGGGCUUGAUGGGUGGCAACAGCUGAAGCAUUUCGGGUAUUGAGCGCGUGCGGCACGCGUGUGCUCCGAUGUGGCCAGAUGAAUUGGCUUGGCCGAGGGGGCUCGCGGAGGUGAAUCACG